GUCUCUCUCUUUCUCUCUCCCACCUCACUUUUUGUAUAAAUACAUAAUGUAGUCUCCCUUUUAGAACAGAACCAACCGAAAGCUCCAAACCCAACAAAGAAAUAAAAAGAAGGCGGCGGAGAAGCAAACAAAAAAAAUGCAGCCAGAGAUUUCAGAUCACAUAUUCUAUUCCUUCCUCACCGGAGGAUUAUGUGCCUCGUCGUCAACUACUUCCACCACCACAACGUCGUCGUUUUACCCUUUUACCAUCGAAGACACGAUUUCUCAAGAAAAAGCUCUUGCUGCUCAAAGGAACCACAAAGAAGCUGAACGAAGGAGACGAGAAAGAAUCAAUUCCCAUCUCAACAAGCUCCGCAAGUUACUCUCUUGUAACUCCAAGACAGACAAAGCCACGCUAUUAGCAAAAGUGGUUCAACGAGUCAAAGAACUAAAACAAGAAACCCUAGAGAUCACUGACGAAACAUUACCGUCAGAGACAGACGAAAUCAGCGUACUCAACUCUGAAGAUUCUUCUAGUUAUAACGAAGACGGCCGGAUCAUCUUCAAGGUAUCGUUUAGCUGCGAGGAUAGGCCAGAUCUCUUGCAAGAUCUCAUGGAGACACUCGAAUCUCUUCAGAUGGAAACUAUCUUUGCUGAUUUGACAACUGUCGGUGGUAGAUCAAGAAACGUUCUCGUUGUGGCCGCCGACAAAGAGCAUCACGGCGUCGAGUCGGUUCAGUUUCUACAGAACGCACUCAAGUCUUUGCUCGAACGGUCAAGCAAGUCGGUGAUGAUGGGACAUGGUGGUGGUGGGGGAGAAAGGUUAAAACGACGUCGGGCACUGGAUCACAUCAUAAUGGUGUGAUUUUGAUGAGACUUUGAGCAUUAUAUUUAUAUAUUUAUUUAGGAUUUGAUUUUUAUCAUACAGUAUGAUUAACGUGGUUAUAAUUACCACAAACCUUUUGUGUUUUUUUUUUUUUUUCUCAACAAAAAAUUAUUUAUAUGGGUUUAGUUAUAAGUUUGUGUGAUGAGUGCUAACAUAUGUUAGUAUAAGUGGGUCGUUGUGUUCUUUUUACUUUCUUUUUAAGAAAAAUACAAAAAGAAAACACUGGGAAAAAUAUAUUUUCGUAUUAUAAGUUCAA